UUGGACAAGGUCCGAAGUCUUCUGCUCGCUGCUCAGUCACGACCGUCACACACGUGUGCAUCAGUCUUCGUUUAGACGUUAACCUAGGGCGUACCAAAAUACUUUAGAAUUUUUAAGUUCGUGAUGGCGAAACGAAUGAUUGUUGAUUGCGACGCCGGAAUGGAUGAUGCGAGUGCUUUGUUUUUAGCGACCAAAGCUCAUAAAGUUGGAGUCGUCGAGCUUGUUGCCAUAACAACGACGCACGGGAACACCACCCUUAAUAAUGUUGUAAAAAAUGUAUCGAGGACUUUAGCAGCUGCAAACCUGAAUCAAAUUCCGAUUUAUAAGGGUGCGCACACGUCCCUUGUUGAACCCAUUGACCUGGACGAUCCAUAUCACGGGAACGAUGGAUUCGGUGACAGCAAUCACGACGAGGAACCUGAUCUGCGGAACGUCCAGCAAGAACACGCUGUAAAUGCUCUCGUUCGUAUGGUUAGGGAGAAUCCAAAUGAAAUUUCACUCGUCGCUUUGGGUCCACUUACUAAUUUAGCGUUAGCUAUGCGUCUCGAUGAUCAAUUUGCUUCCAACUUGAAGGAAUUAUACAUAAUGGGGGGCAAUGUUGAGGGAAUCGGCAAUAUCACCGUGUCUGCUGAAUUUAAUUUCCAUUGCGAUCCAGAGGCCGCAUACGUCGUUUUACAGAACACCAAAUGCCCGACUUACAUUGCUUCCUGGGAACUCUGCUUACACAGGGCAAAGCUGGAUUGGGAUUGGCGGAUGAAUGUUUACGGAAAAGUAGAUAGUCCUCAGUGUCGGCUGAUGAAUAAGAUCGAAGCGCAAUCUAUCGCCCAGAAAUACUUCGACACUUAUAUUGUUUGCGAUCAGCUGGCCGUGGCUGCCGUCAUCGACCCCCGUUAUGUGACACAAAAAUCGCUCCAUUACGCCACGGUUGAACUGAGUGGGAACUUCACUCGCGGGCAAAUGGUCGUCGAUUAUGGGAAAAAGAUUGUCGGAAAGACACCCAACGUGUACUUGAUAGAUCGCGUGGAUAUCGAACUCUUCAAGAAAAUGAUGCUUUGGUCCCUGGACGCCCCCAGUGUCGAUUACACGCCACCACCAGCAACUGAGUGAACGAUGUGCCACUGUCUUUUAACAUCAUUUCAAAUUUAUUCUGUAUACUGUUACAAUAUAUGAGUAUCAGACCGAA